AUGGCUUCAACAUCGAUAGAUGAUGAAGAUGAUUUCGAAGAUGCUGUUGAUGAGUCUAUUGCACCGCUCAAUACCACUCCAUUCGCUUUUCGUAAUUCAGGAAUAAUUUCUACCAUUCAAAACACACCUCAGCGUCCCGCGGUUUUGCAUGUUGACUUAGAUUGGAGCCGCACUGCACCAGUGCCUAGAGCACCUAGGCAAGCGAAUUUAGGCAAUUUAACUACUCCACGACCAUCUAGUGCACUAUUUCAAACACCGGGGGGAAGUAGUGUUCAUCAUGACACUUCUCAUCGGGAUCGUUUGGUUACCCUCCGUCGUAGAAUGAAUCUGGAAUUUGGAAAUCGAGAAGCAAUAUCGAUGCAAUCUCCUUUGGAUGACGUCGACGAUGCAGUAAGCACUAUGAGCGAAGCACCAAGCCUUCAAUCCUGGCAUCAACAUAUACUCAAUCGUAGCGAUACACUGGUUGUUAAUGCGACAGACACGAUGAGUACAUGUGCGAUGUCGGUUCCGCCAUCAGUUGCAUCUGAUACAUUUGAGCAUUUCAAAGCAACAGAAAAUGAAACUAUUGAGCAUGACACUCAAGAAAGCAAACAAUUGUAUGAUCAAAGCUGCUCAAAAUCAAAUGAUUCGGUUUCAUCAACAAUUUGUGACGAAGGACAAAAUGCAAAAUGUCAUAAGAAGUCGAAUUCACUGGAUCGGGGUCUGACUUUAGCCAAGGCCAUCAAAACGGGACCAUUUCCACCUCCGGCCAACAAAUCAAUAACAUUGACGAGCCAAGAAGCUGAUGGAGAAGAAAAAGAACGCAAUUCUGCAGCUGAAGGAGUUAUUCGAGAAAUCACUACGGAGUUUGAAGUGAAUACUCAAGAAAAUUAUGAACGGUCACAACUCGAAACUAUUGCAUCUUUGGACAAUUCAACUAUCUCCAAUUCUUCAGCAUCAACUGCGCAUAAUAAAAAACGGGAUAUAGCAAAUACAGUCGUCCUGGAAGAAGAAUUGGAAGAACCAUGCACAUCACGAUCAUAUGCUAACUUUGAAGAAUGCCCUUCGGAGUAUCCCCUUUCAUUUAAACGAGAAAUGCAUUCGCGAAGCAUGUCAAAUGAUGAGCUUAAAACGAAAAACAACAGGAAUUCGCGGUCGUUUGAUCCUAUUACUCUAGACGUUGAACGACGGCUUAGUAUGAAAAGAAACGGUCAAAGCCAAGAUGAUCACAACAGUCUGAGCCUUAGUGAUGAUGAUGCUUCUCGCCUUUCGGUGGCUCGUUCAAGCAUUGGCCAGGCCAAAAAUUUUGCAAGAAACUCGGUGAGGUAUGCCAGCGGAAUAUUUCGCGGCGCUCUGAAACGUGUGCGAGGUGCUACGGCAUACACAGGAGCAACUUCUUCACGGUCUGAGAUUGGAGAAGAAAGUACUGAAGGAGAAGACAGUGAUGAAGCUCACCAUUCCAUCGCAAAUAUUGUGAGACCGCGAAAAAGCAAGAAAGGACCCUUCGAUUUUGAAAACCUCACCGUGGAGCAGGAACUUGAUAAUGAGCAUACUGGUGCAGUUUGGUGCAUCAAGUUCAGUGUGUGCGGGCGCUUAAUGGCCACUGCCGGGCAAGACUCAAUUCUUAGAAUCUGGGUUGUGCGAAGUCAUUUGAAAUAUUUCUCUGAUAUGCGGGAAAAAUACGCCGCUAAUAUGGAAAAUUCGAGCAAUCCACUCAAUCCGAUGGACGAUAUUGAUCAGUUUCGGCCUCCCAGCUCAAUGGAGAGCGUUGUGAAUAGCGAAUCUCCAUCUGAUGAAGACUCUUCCCACCUCUUCUGUGCAAAACCAUUUGCAUUACUUAAGGGGCAUACUGCGGAUAUUUUGGAUCUAUCAUGGUCGAAAAACUACUUCAUUUUGUCAUCUGGAAUGGACCGCACUGUCAAAUUGUGGCAUUUGUCAAGAAACGAAUGUCUUUGCUGCUUUCAACAUAUCGAUUUUGUCACAUGUGUUGCGUUCCUUCCCAAAGAUGAUCGUUAUUUUCUCUCCGGUUCUCUUGAUGGGAAGUUGAGGCUCUGGCACAUUCCUGAUAAAAAAGUGGCCGUUUGGAACGAAGUUCAGGUAAAGUUUAUAACGGCAAUCACAUUUGUGAAAAAUGGAAAAUUUGCUGUUGUUGGAACUUACAACGGACGAUGUUACUUUUAUACAACAGAUCAACUUAAAUACCACACUGUCGUAGAUGUUCGUUCAACUCGCGGUAAAAAUGCGAAAGGGCAUAAAGUUACCGGGCUAGCGGUACACGGUGACAAACUUUUGGUGACUUCUAAUGAUUCUCGUAUUCGAAUGUACGAUAUUCGCGAUAAAGCAUUAACAUGCAAAUUUAAAGGAGUGCAAAAUGACCAUUCUCAAAUUAGAGCCGCUUUUUCUCCUGACGGGCGGCAUAUUAUUUGUGGAUCCGAAGACAAGUUUGUCUACUUAUGGAGAACUGGAGAGAUGCCAUCAUCGUUAUCAGUUCGAAAAGAUCGAAAUUCAAUGUGGGAGAGGGUACGAACGCAUAAUGCCGCGGUUUCUGUUGCGAUUUUCGCUCCGAGACCGCAAGUGUUCUUUUCAAUGUUGGAGAGAAGAGAGAAGAAACAAAAGGGUGAAAGUCCUGACUUUGAUCACCAGGUCGGUCAUUCUGACUCUAUAACAUCAAAUGGCAACAUCACUCUUGCCGGACAUGCAAUUGUGAGCGCCGAUUUGCAAGGCGUCAUUAAAGUUAUGAUUAAUCGUCCAAAACAAUGCAAAGUUGCACCGGAUGGAUUUUCAAAGUCAUCAUCAUAA